AUUUUAAACUAGAACGAAAGAAUAACUACGAUUUGUAGGAAGAGAGACGUAGACUUGGGAGAUUUUCCUUCAAAAUAGAAAAUGGUGAAAGAAAUCGAAAAUCUGACAGAAGAUGAAAGACGCGCACUUCGUGGCAGCAAAUUCGCCCCUCUUCCCCGACGUUCCAAUUCCAAACCCAGGUUGGCUCAUCCCUGUGGACCCUUGGCGACGAAUAAAGCAGCGGCUUUGGCCAAGUUUCUGGAGAGAAAGCUGAAGGACCCAAAUGGAUUGGCAUCUAUUAACCCCGAUCUCCUUGAACUUGCUGUCAAUAAUGCUAAAGAAACUGUCUAUGCAAGUGGUGCUUCUAAUUCACAAAGAAAUGUUCGGCAUGUGGACUCCUUUGGCGACUCUGAUUCUAAGGAUUCUAGUGAAGAACAGAAUGAACUAUCUGAGGUAAAGGAAAGCAAGAAGAAGAAGAAAAAGAAGGAGAAAAAGAAAAACAAAAAACGAAAGAAUUCAGAGGACCCAGGAUGUGCAGUGGUGAAAAAACCUAAACAGAAGUUUAAAUUCUGACCUUAUUUGUACUAGCAAAUUUUUUAAAGAGGAUUGGGGCCAAAAAUUUUUUUGCCAUGGUUUCUUUCCUUGCCCAAAUUUCCUAGUUACAAGUAACAUGGAGUCAUAGAUGCAAUGUUGUGCAGGAGCUUUUGAUUGGAUCGACCUUUCCAACAAGCUACAACAUAGAUCAAGAACCUUUUUGUUUUUUUAUAAUUUUUUGUUAGAUUCUUUCAAGGUGUGAAGGUGGAGGGAAUUAUUGUUGAAACAACUCUAAUUUCCACAUUAAAUGCGGGUAGGGUGAUGCUAUUUAAAAUCGUUGUUGUAAUUUGUAAACAUUCAAUUUCAACCGGGAUAAAACACUUUCAUUUGUCCACCCCCUCUUUUAUUUUAUCCCUUGUUUGUCUGUUUUUGUUAAUACGUUAUGGCUUUUAUUUUAGUUUUGUAAGAGGAAUAAACAAAAACCCUCUAAUUUU